UUUGUUGUAAAUUUAAAAGUAAUCCAUCACUUCACCAGUUACUUAAGAAAGUAAUCUGAUUACAGUAUGUAACAUAGGCCUACAUUGCUUGUAAUGCAUUACCCCCAACACUCCCACUGAUGAUGUAACAAUUUAAAAUACAUUUUCAUUCUUUUUAAAUGACUGCAUUUCAAUAAUUGUAUUUGGAAAAAGAAAAAAAAAUUCCAUGAGACACAUUAAUAAUCUGGAGCAAAAUUAGACUUGACCAAAUACCUUCGAAAUGUGUGAGUGUGAACUGCAAUUUAAUCAUCUUUCUAAAGAAUCACUUAGUCUGAAUUCAAAGAUGCACCUCCCAUUCUCACACACAUUUUGGUUGUCUUUUUUAUUAGACAACCAGAUGUUUUUCUUUUCUGUGUUUGAGAGUUCUGUUUUCCUUAGUUUUCACAGAAGGGAAGUGAGAUUUGCUGAGGCAGACUGGUUUUCUAGCUCAGUGGUUAGACUUGUAGCAGACUCGAACGGACCAGAGAGGCGAUCAUGAACGCGACGGCUUUUCUUCAGGGAGAUGAGGAGACCGAACUGGGCUUGGUGGGGGCCUGCGUGAUCCUGGGCAUGUGCUUCCUGGUGGGUACACCCGGGAACCUGCUGGUGGUGUGGACCAUCUUGAAGUAUGUGAAACAGCGCUCUCACACGGUGUUGCUCAUCCUCCACCUGGCAGUCGCAGACCUUCUGGUGCUGAUCACGCUGCCGCUGUGGAUCUACUCGCUGGCUCGUUCCUGGGUGUUCGGAGAGGCCGUCUGCAAAGCCAUGGUGUACAUCAUCAAUGCCUGCAUGUACAGCAGCGUCUUCAUCAUCACCAUCAUGAGUGUGGGGCGCUUCCUGGCCGUCAGGUACCCUUUCACCUCAAUCCGCUGGAGGAAACAAGCACUGAACAGGAUACUUCUAAUAAUAUGGAUAGCCUCAUUUCUCCUCAGUGUUCCCGUCAUUGUAACUCACACUUUGGGAGAAAUUCACGGACAACAACAGUGUACUUUCAGGGAGUACAAGUCGGACAUCCAAGAGGCUGUGUUGCUUAUUUUAGAAACUCUUAUAGGCUUCAUCAUCCCCUUUUUCACCAUGUUGGUCUGUUACGGCUGCCUCUUUAGUCGCAUAGCGCAGAUGAACUUCAAGUCCAAGCGUAAAUCGACAGUUCUCAUCUGCAGUGUGGUUGUGAUGUUCGCGCUCUGCUGGAUUCCUCAUCAUGUGGGGAACUUCCUUUCCCUCAUCUCACUUGCUCUCAAGCAUUCAAACCCAAACAUGGCAGAAACUUUGGAGGACGCCUGCAGCACAAUGACCAUCAUAGCAGGAGCCUUGGUGUUCAUCAGUAGCUCAGUCAAUCCAGUGCUUUAUGUGUUUGCCGCACGUUCCUUCCGCAGCUCGCUCCGGGAAACUGGAAUACAGAAGCUGUUCCAACAUCUGUCAAGUUCAGCGUCUGGUGAAGGGAAUAAAGAGUUAUCAUUCGUGUCCAAAAGACAAAGUUCACACUCCACCAACUCACAAUGUCUCACAGACUCAAAACUGCCUGAAGAUGUGGCUGUGGAAUCAUGCAUCAGUACCUCAGAUUGACCCUGUAAGAAGCUUUAUACCCAUAACAUUUUCAAAUUUAACCAAACAAAUGGAACUCAUUUUCAGUCAAAUAUUUGAUUGUGCCUUGUUUUUUUGUGUUUACUGUGUAUACUCACUGAGACUCACUGCAACUGCAGAUUCUACAAUGAAAACACUUUAACAUUUGUGAUAUAACUCAAAUGCCUUUAUAAGUGUUUAUUUGGUAUUAAUGCAUAUGAUUCCAACAUGUUCCUUUUUCUCAUAUUGCAACGUGUGUGUUUGUGUCUCUUUUAACGGUGUGAAAGAGGAAGUGGGAAUUAAAAGGAACAGAGGUCAUUCUGGAAGAUACCAUCUGUACUGAAAUGUUAUUCUUUUCUAUAAUUCUUCGUUCAUGCUUGAAUUAAACAUCAGCUAUUUUUUAAAACCCUUAAAAUGUACAUAUCUUGCGUAGGCCCACUUUUCAAAUCAGAAGAAAAACUCACCAGGCUGUUACUUCCACUGUGAAAUCGUUACUUGACACAUUUUAGUGACAGACCUUUAUUGGUAUUGAAAAGAAAAACUUUUUUAAUGUUUUACAUUUUUGAAAAGCCAAAAUUAUUGAAUUCCUACCUGAGUAGGUGACAUGAAUGAUGCUCGCCUUGACCUGUGGUUCUACCUUUCUCUCUCUUUUACAACACAAAUAUCAUGACUGAAAGAAUCAGCUCAGCUAUUGCUCCAGAGAGAGAAACCAGAGAGAGAAGGAGGGAGAUGCUUGACUAUCUGAGUCUAGCAGGCAUGUAAUCUUCACCUAUUUGGCACGCUAUGGAAAAGUGAGUGGACUGGUAGACAAAGAUUUUCUGUCUGUUUUUUUUUUUUUGUCCAAUUAAAUUACUGACACGGGCACACAAGAGCACUUACACGUGGUUGCAAUGAAUACAUAUAUUCAUUUACUUGAUUUAAACCUC